AUGUCUGACGAGCCAUAUCGGCCAGCUCUUCAGACGUACACUGCGCCGCAGGAUAUCCUUGACGAACAUGCAGAGUUAGCAGAUCAAGAUGACACUCCAGAUGUGUUCGAGGACAACGCAAAGUCAAAGCAAGUUGCCGCUCGUCAAAGCGAUUAUCACCUUCGACGUUUCGACCGAGCAGAUGGGCAGGGAGAAGGAGAAGACGAGAGUUACGAGGAUAGGAUGAGAAGGGUGAACCUCCAACGCGAGGAAGAAAGAGUGAGAAGACAUAAAGAGCAAUUAGAGAAGGAUAAGGAACAGGAUGAGAAGAUGAUAUUGGACGACAAGACUCCUCCACGAGCGAUCGCAGGAGGUGAUACGCCACCAAGAGCGGCUGCUGGAGGAGACACACCUCCACGCGACUCUACACCACCGAAGAAGAAGAGGAGGUGGGAUGUGGAAGAAGUCAAGGAGGAACCUGGAGUAACCAAACGUAAAUCUCGGUGGGAUCAGACACCUUCUGAAGCAGUGCCUGAAGUGAAACGAUCACGUUGGGAUCAGACACCUGGAGCAUCAUCAACAACUUCUGCCCUUACUUCUGCUCCACCUGUCGGCGGUGUUAUGAUGGUUGAAGACAAGCGAUAUCGACGAAUGACAGAUGAAGAAUUGGAUGGGUUAUUGCCAGGAGGCGAAGAAGGUUACGAACUUGUACCGGUACCAGAUGAUUACAAACCUGCUCCUUCAGUCAGAAAGAUGGUCCCUGCCCAAACGGAACAUGGCUUCAUGAUGCAAGAUGAUUCUGAUGCUAUCAAAGCUCGUUCUGCAGCUGGUGGUAUGCAAGGAUCCACCGAGCAAACAGAAAUCGAAGGGAUCGGAACACUUCAGUUCUUGAAGCCUGAAGAUACACAAUAUUUUGCAAAGGUGCUUGGAGAGGGGGGAGGCGAGGAGGACGAUUCUGCGUAUACUUUGGAAGAGCUCAAGGAGAGGAAGAUCAUGCGGUUAUUGCUCAAGAUCAAGAACGGUACACCUCCUGUCAGAAAGACUGCUCUACGUCAGAUCACCGAUCGAGCGAGAGAGUUCGGUGCUGGUCCAUUGUUCGAUAAAAUCCUCCCUUUGCUAAUGGAACGCACUCUUGAAGAUCAGGAACGACAUUUACUUGUCAAAGUUAUUGAUCGAGUGCUGUAUAAACUUGAUGAUCUCGUUCGACCAUACGUUCACAAGAUCCUUGUUGUCAUCGAACCACUCCUCAUUGACGAAGACUACUACGCUCGAGUAGAAGGUAGAGAAAUCAUAUCAAACUUGGCUAAAGCUGCUGGUCUCGCUCAUAUGAUAUCAACCAUGCGACCUGAUAUCGAUCACGUUGAUGAGUACGUGAGAAACACUACUGCUCGAGCGUUUUCUGUUGUUGCCUCUGCCCUUGGUAUCCCUGCCCUCCUCCCCUUCCUUCGAGCUGUAUGUCGAUCGAAGAAAUCUUGGCAAGCGCGUCAUACUGGUAUCCGGAUCAUUCAGCAAAUUGCCAUUAUGAUGGGAUGUGCCGUUCUUCCACAUCUGCGAAAUCUCGUUGACACGGUUGCCGAUGGUCUCCAGGACGAGCAACAAAAGGUCCGAACCAUGACUGCCCUCUCCCUCGCUGCUCUUGCCGAAUCCGCUGCCCCCUAUGGUAUCGAAUCUUUCGACAACGUUUUGAAACCUUUAUGGCUGGGCAUCCGACAACAUCGAGGCAAAACCUUGGCAGCCUUUCUCAAAGCUAUCGGUUACAUCAUUCCAUUGAUGGAUCCAGAGUACGCUGGAUACUAUGUUCGGGAAUGUAUGCCUAUCCUCAUUCGAGAGUUCCAAACGUCGGAUGAAGAAAUGAGACGUAUCGUCUUGCAAGUCAUCAAACAAUGUGCCUCUACUGAGGGAGUCACUCCUACUUAUAUCAAAGAAGAGGUGCUUCCGGAAUUCUUCAAGGCGUUCUGGGUGAGACGUAUGGCUCUUGACAAACGAAACUAUAAGCAAUUGGUGGAGACAACUGUAGAACUUGCGCAGAAGGCGGGCGUUUCUGAAAUUGUCGGCAGAGUGUGUAACGAUCUUAAGGACGAGUCUGAGCCAUACCGAAAGAUGGUAAUGGAGACCGUUACCAAGGUAGUAGCCGGCAUAGGUGCUGCGGAUAUAGAUGAGAGACUAGAAGUGCUUCUUAUUGAUGGUAUCAUCUUCGCAUUCCAAGAGCAAACGCUAGAAGACACUAUUAUGCUGGACGGUUUUGCUACAGUCGUCAAUGCACUUGGUGGCCGAGUCAAGCCAUACCUCCCUCAAAUCGUCUCCAUGAUCCUCUGGCGAUUGACCAAUAAAUCGGCAAAAGUCCGUAUGCUUGCAGCCGACCUCACUACUCGACUCGCUCCGAUCAUCAAGAGUUCCGGUGAAGAUAACCUACUUAGCAAAUUAGGUGUAGUCAUUUUCGAACAGCUUGGUGAAGAGUAUCCUGACGCUCUAGGAAGUCUCAUCGCUGCCGAAGGAGCUAUCGCAAAUGUGGUGGGUAUGACUCAAAUGAACCCACCUGUCAAGGAUUUAUGUGAGUGA